AGUACUGUGUUUGUCUUGCCGUGUUAAUGUGUUUAUGUAUGUUUUGUUUCUAGUGUACUUACAAAUUUUUUGUUUAAUGUUAAAUAUGGAUAGACUUCUUUGUUUCAAACAGCCCUUCCUAACCAGUUUAGAGGAUGCCCUUAUUGACGAACUAAAAUGUCCUUAUUGCUACCAAAGUAUGUUCAAACCCAUAUAUCAUUGUGCAAGAGGACAUUCCUUGUGUUCUAACUGCUAUGAAGAAGCUAAAAUUUGCAAAUCAUGUGGUUCUUUUAUUAAUGGUAACCGAAGCUACCAUCUAGAAAGGAUCUCCGAACUAGUCACAUACCAUUGCAAAUAUUUUGGAGAUGGUUGUCAAAAAAGGUUUGCCUAUGACAAGCUAAAACAGCACGAAAACGAGUGCCAAACGAUGACUUUUAAGUGCCCAUUGAGAUAUGGAAGCGAGUGUAAAUUUAUCGGUAAUAAAAAGCAGAUUUUGUUUCAUUGUCAGCUGGUACAUGCAGAUUUUACUUUUGUGUCUACCAACAGUUUUGAGGACGUGCCAAAUAAGUUUAUACAUGCUGACUGUGUCAAAGGCCUUCGUCAGAUCGACAGAAAAGAGCAACGAAUGCUCUACGAACCAGUCUUCAGCAAAUACCUCAAACGUGUGAACAAUAAAACGACCUUCCAGAACUUCUAUUUAUAUUACACCAACGAUGUCCUCUUCCAAGGUGUGGUCCGUUUAACCUCCACCCACAUCAUCAUUCGAAUGUAUCGCGUUUCUCCUCCAAGUGAAACUGACCUCCGCUACAACUUUCUGGUGAAACUUUACGAUUUGGAUGAUAAUUUACUCGCGUUAUAUCAGGAAGACUGUUUGGUCACUGACGGAUGGGAGGAUUUAACACUGGACGAACGUGGAAGUGCCGAAAUUCAUCUUAAGAUGUUCAGGUGCUGCACGAGUUUCACUGUGGAGUUUUCGGAGUAUCCGAACGAGCCUAGGGAGAUGUUUUUAUAAGGAAACUUUGGUUUUUUUACAGUUUUAUAAUGAAUUUUAUUGACUUUUUUGUGUUGACUAUCAUCUGUAAAAUCAGUACUUGUAUAUUAUUUUAAGUAUUUUAUUUACUUAUUUGUAAUUUUUUUGAAUAACAUUUGUAAGUAAUAAAUUUGUAAACAAUUA